UUUUUUUUUUUUUUUUUUUUUUUUUUUUUUCCUGGAUUUUCCAUUAUGAUUCGCGGCAUCCUCGUCUUCAACAACCACGGCAAGCCGCGCCUUUCCAAGUUCUACCAGCACUACUCGGAAGAGAUGCAGCAACAGAUCAUCCGAGAGACGUUCUUCUUGGUAUCAAAGCGAUCGGAUAAUGUCUGCAACUUCCUCGAAGGCGGCACGCUCAUCGGCGGCUCGGACUCCAAGCUCAUCUACCGCCACUAUGCCACCCUCUAUUUCGUCUUCUGCGUGGACUCUUCGGAGAGCGAGCUUGGCAUUCUCGAUUUGAUCCAGGUCUUCGUUGAGACUCUGGACAAGUGCUUUGAGAACGUGUGCGAGCUCGACCUCAUCUUCCAUGUCGACAAGGUUCACUACAUUUUGGACGAGAUCGUUAUGGGCGGCAUGGUGCUCGAAACCAACAUGACCGAAAUCCUCGGCGCUAUUGAUUCACAGUCCAAGCUUGAAAAGCAGGAGGCUGGCUUGAUGGUACAAGCGCGCCGCGCCACCACCACGCGAUAAUUGCGUUUUACUCGUUUGGAGAUUUUAUGCUUGUACAUUGGGUUUCCCCCUUUCAUUUUCUUUCAUUUUUUUGGUCAUUUUGUCGUUCAUGACCUGUUUUUUCGCCAUGUCAUAAGAGUCGAUCACGUAUUGGGUGAUUGCGGUGCGUGGCUAACUUUGUGCAAAUAAAUGUAUUUGUCCUUUUGGAA